AUGGCUGACCCGCAGUACGCGAAACACCCCGACCUGAGCCUUGCCCAAGACAUCUUCAAUCUCUCCAACCCAUCAUGUUCGCAGACAGUCCGACAGAACUCGCUCAAGAAGCUUCAAAAUGCUAUUAAGGAACACAAGAUGGCUCCUCUGUACCGGCAUCUGGCGCACCCGGUCGAGGGGAUCUUAAACAACGCCGGCGAAGGGGUUCCGCAGCAGCCAGCUCCUUCGACCACCGGAGCUGCUAACCGACCUGUUAUCACCUCGAACAUGCUCGCGGGACGAAAGUUACCGCAGAAGAUCGAUUUCCCAUGGGACGAAAAGCUCUACGAGUCUUUACGAGAAGACAACAAGAAAGAGUUAGAGCAGUACCAGAAGGAAGAGGAAGAGGCCGCCGAAGCCGCCGGUGAGACAGAGGUGCUAGCCGCGCAGGGCAAGCGCGCAGAGUUCUGGGCGCGAGUAGGAGAUAAGGACGAGGCGAUUCGAGCAUACGAAGCCGUGCUGGAGAAGACGAGCAUCUUGGGGACGAAGAUCGAUCUGGUUCUGGCGAUGAUCCGGGUCGGGCUCUUCUUCGGUGACAAAGUAUUUGUCAAGAAGACUGUGGAACGUGCGAAUGCGCUGGUCGAAAGCGGUGGUGACUGGGACAGGAGAAAUCGAUUGAAGGCUUACAAGGGCAUCCAUCUCCUUACAAUCCGCUCGUACAACCUGGCUGCGCCACUUUUGCUGGACAGCUUGUCGACGUUUACCAGUUACGAGCUCUGCACCUACUCCGCGCUGGUGAUCUAUGCCGUCCUUGCGGGUUCACUCUCCCUCAAACGAGUCGACUUCAAGGCCAAGGUUGUCGAUGCGCCGGAGAUCAAAGCUAUCCUCGGAGAGGGAAAAGACCGGCUCUCUGCGUUGACAGGAGCCGUCUCUUCGGGACCUGGGGCUGGAGAUGAGGAAAUGAAAGACGUCUCCGGCGGGACCGCCUCCACCGCCGUCAACCUCACGACGCUGGGGACUGGCCCGGGCGUACAGGCGGAAGCAGAAGCGCCGAUUGAUUUCUCUCCGCUUGCGAACCUUGUCAGCAGUCUCUACAAUGGCAACUACCGGUCUUACUUCCUUGCGUUGGCAGCUGUGGAGGACCAAUUCCUAAGCCAGGAUCGCUACCUGUACGAGCACCGUGCCUGGUUUGUCCGUGAGAUGCGGUUGCGAGGAUAUCAGCAGCUGCUCCAGAGCUACAAGGUUGUUGGAUUGAAGAGUAUGGCGAAUGACUUUGGCGUCACAGUAGAUUUCUUGGACAGGGAUCUGGCCAAGUUCAUUGCUGCCGAUCGGAUAUCUUGCACAAUAGACCGCGUCAACGGCGUCAUCGAAACCAACCGGCCCGACGACAAGAACAAGCAGUAUGCGGACCUGGUGAAGCAAGGGGAUGCUCUGAUCACGAAGCUGCAGAAGUACGGCCAGGCCGUCCGGCUGCGGGGAAGCGAAAGAAGCUAG